AUGGGAGCAAUGCUAGGUCAACGUGAUGAUUCUGGAAAGAAGGAAAGAGCAAUUUAUUUCUUGAGCAAGAAGUUUAACGAGUGUGAAGCUCGUUAUCUGGUGAUUGAGCGAACUUGUUGUGGACUAGUAUGGGUAACUAGAAGGCUAAGGCAAUACAUGCUUUACUACACUACCUGGCUAAUCUCACGAGUGGACCCACUUAAGUACAUCUUUGAGAGCCCGCACAUUGUAGGUAGAGUACUAAAAUGGCAAGUUGUACUGUCGGAAUAUGAUAUAAAGCAUGUGAUGCAAAAGUCAGUCAAAGAAGAAAGUUGUGAUGAAGGAAAUAAUGAAGAGCAAGAAUGGGAAAUGUAUUUUGAUGGAGCCGCCAACAUGCAUGGAAAUGGGGUAGGAGUGGUGAUCGUUUCACCAGAAGGAAAACAAUUUCCUGUGGCCAUCAAAUUGGAAUUUGAUUGUACUAACAACAUAACAGAAUAUGAAGCUUGUGUUAAUGGUCUUCGGGCAGCUAUUACCCUUGGUAUAAGGUGUUUGAAGGUAUUUAGUGAUUCAGCUCUCAUUAUUCAUCAAGUAACAGGAGAAUGGAGAACAAGGGAUGUAAAAUUGAUUCCCUAUCAAGAACUCCUAGUAGAUUUGAUUAAGCAAUUUAAGGUUGUUAGCUUUCAUCACUUGACUCGAGAUAAAAACUGUUUCACUGAUGCUUUAGCUACUUUAGCGGCAAUGAUCCAACUUGAUUGUGGAGUCCAUGUCCAACCCAUCCAAGUGGAAGCUAGAAGCUUUCCAGCGUACUGUCUGAAUGUUGAAGAAGAUCGAGAAGAAUAUCCUUGGUUCUAG